AUGCUUUUUCUUCAUCAAUUAAAAGUUCUUCUAUGGAAAAAUUACAUUUUAAAAAAACGCAGUCCUUUCGUUCUUCUAUUCGAACUUAUUAUUCCAUUAGUUCUUUUUCUUGUUAUGACUGCAAUAAGAAAAACACAACAAGCAUCAUUUCAUCUACAAACUAAUUAUACUCCGAAUUUUCUUGAUCAUACAUAUCGUGCUACACCAUUUCCAUCGGCAGGAGUCUUUUCAAUUCUUCAAUCAUUUUGUCCUAAAACAGGUCCUAGUAAUGAACAAGGUUUUAGUAUUUUUCCAAAUGGAACAUCUACAGACAUGCUAAUGACAAUCGAUCGAAUCUCUCGAACAAAUCCAUUUUUUACACAAAAUUUUUCUAUGUUUGAUAUUGAUUCUUUACCUGAUAUGUAUGAAACAUUAAUUGAUCGUCCAACAUUUGUUUAUGAUAGUUUAUCAAAUUUAACUUAUUCAUUUACUAAAAAUUUAACAAUAAUCUGUUCAUUUUUUGUUAUACAACUAAAUUAUACAAACGAAGAAUGUGAACAUCUAUUAAAUCAUACAGCUAUUGCUGUUAAUCAGAUACCAUAUGCAUCUCCACAUGUAUUUCGAGAUUCAAACAAGAAUUCUCAAAAUAAUAAUGAAGAUAAUUUUGAUAUAUUUGAUUAUUAUUCACUUUUACAAAUAUCAUUGCAAGAAGAAGAAUUUUUCAAUGUAAAAGAAAUAAUUGGAAAAAUUAUUUCAACAAAUUCAUUUAUAAAUUUAACUAAUGAAGAAGUUUAUUUAUUAGCAAAAGCUAUUAAAAUAACAAUUUUUCAUCCAAAAAUAUUAAAAGAAAUUUUUUGUUCAGUAGACAAAUUUGAUUUACUUUUUCAAUUAAAUUCAACAACUAUUAAUAAAACGGAUUUACAAGAACGUUUAUGUAAUAUGUCAGAUGAACAAUAUCAUAAUUUAUCAAAUAUACUUAUGAAUUCAAUAUCAGAUGAUGAAUUUAUUGACAUAUUACAAUUAGAACACAUAAAAAUAUCAUCAAUGUUAUUUCAACUUGAUGAUUAUGUUAGUCAACUUGAAAAAUAUGCAAUGUUUGAACAAGGUUUAAAAGAUUUAUAUGAGUUAGCUAAACUUCUUCGAACAAAUUCUUGUUAUAUCAAUGAACAAAAUAAUACUGAACAAACUACAUCAGUACCAUCACCACCAGCUGAAGCAUUCUCUGGCAAUGUGGAAUCAGUUGCAAUGAAUAAAUUAAAAAAUAAAAAAGGAUUUUUUCCAUUAUGGCUUGGAAUGCAAGAAGCUAUUUGUGGUUUUAAACCAAAAAAUAAUUUUCAUUCAGAUCAAACAAUGGAUGAUGAUCAUUUACCUGAUCUUGCUGAAUUAGGAAUAUCAGACAAUCAACAACGACAAUUAGGUCUUUUAUUUUAUGUUCUUUAUGGAAAUUCUUUAGUUUUAUAUGCACCAAAUUCAACAUUAAUUGAUGGUGUUAUAUCAAAAGCUAAUGCAACAUUUAUUUUACUUGAUACAAUAACUAAUUAUGCAUAUAAAUGGAGAAAUGUAUCAAAUGUUCUUAAAACAUAUUUUCUUACAAAUGGUACAGCAAAAAAAGUUGAAUCACUAAGACGAAUGAAAAAAUUUAUUGAAGAAUUCGGUCCUUUAUUACAUUUAUCAUCGAUAAAUAAAAUUGUGAAUAUACUUAAAAAUUUAACUGAUCCAUCAAUUGAUAAUUAUAUGAAACAAAUAACAACAAUUGAUAAAGCAGCUUGUAGUUGGAUAAGUCUUAUAUCAGGAAUUAAUUUAAAUGUAUUUAAAGGAUUUUCUGAUGAAAAUGAUUUAGUAGAAUAUUUUCUUCAUCAAGCAUAUCAUGAUAAUUAUACUGUUAUAGCAAGUGUAGUUUUUACUAAUGUUUAUUUAAAUAAUACUGAAUUACCACCACAUACAAUAUAUAAAAUUCGUCAAAAUGCUUCAUUGACACCAUCAACAAAACGUGUAAGAGAUAGAUUUUGGGUACCAUCACCAGCACAAAAUGGUUUUGUUUAUUAUGAUUUUGGAUUUAGUUGGGUUCAGGAAGUCAUUGAUCGUGCAAUAAUCGAUACUCAAGUUGGUCGACCAGUAAUUGAACCUGGUUUAUUUUAUCAAGAAAUGAGUUAUCCUUGUUAUACAUACGACAAUUUUCUUCAAAUGAUUCAACAUGCUCUUCCAUUAUGUUUAACAAUAUCAUGGGUAUAUGCAUUUGCAAUGUUAACACAAAGUAUAGUUUAUGAAAAAGAAGUUCGUCUAAAAGAAGUUAUGAAAAUCAUGGGUUUAAGUAAUGGUGUACAUUGGAUUGCAUGGUUUAUAACAAUAUUUAGUCAAACAACAGUUGUUAUGAUAACUGUAACACUUAUUUUACAUUUUGGAAAAGUUCUUCUACAUUCAAAUCCAUUUUUAAUAUUUAUUAUUUUUGAAAUUUAUGCACUUUCAACAAUUAGUUUUGCAUUUCUUGUUAGUGUUUUUUAUUCGAAAGCUAAAAUAGCUGCUGCUUGUUCAGGAAUUAUUUAUUUAUUAACUUAUGUACCAUGUAUGUAUAUAUCAAUAAGAGAAGAUUUAGCACAAGAUACAAUACCUAAAUGGGCAAAAAUAUUAGCUUCUUUAUUUUCUACAAGUGCUUUUGGUAUGGGAGCUAAAUAUAUAGCAUUUUAUGAAAAUAUUGGUACAGGAAUUCAAUUUAAUAAUAUUCGUUAUAGUCCUGUUGAAGGUGAUCAUUUUACUUGUUUUGAAACUGUUCUUUUUAUGUUAUUGGAUACAUUAAUUCAUCUAAUUCUUAUGUGGUAUAUUGAAAAUGUUUAUCCAGGUGCAUAUGGAUUACCAAAGAAAUGGUAUUUUCCAUUUACGAUAAGUUAUUGGACUGGAGAAACAUAUGUUGAAUCUAAUUGGAUAAAAAAAUUAAAAAGAAUUAGUUUAUUUAGAUGGAUUAUAUGUAGAAAAUAUUGUAUGUCUUAUACAUUUCAUUUGUCAGCAUCAUCAUUAAAUCAAAUACAACAGGAUUAUACUAGAAAUCAAGAUUACUUCGAACAUGAUGAACAUUUAAAUGAUCAAAUAAUUGGUGUUCGUUUAAUAAAUUUAACAAAAAUUUUUGAUAAAAAAAAAUUUGCUGUACAAAAUUUAUCAUUAGAUUUAUAUGAAGGUGAAAUACUUUCAUUUCUUGGACAUAAUGGAGCUGGAAAAACAACAACAAUGUCAAUUUUAACUGGUCUAAUUCCAGCUACAUCUGGAACUGCGACAAUUUAUGAUCAAGAUAUAAAUAUUGAUAUGGAUAAAAUACGUAAAAAUCUUGGAUGGUGUCCUCAACAUAAUGUUUUAUUUGAAAAAUUAACAGUUGAAGAACAUUUAUUAUUUUUUUCAAAAUUAAAACAAGUUCAAAGUAAAGAAAUGAAAAAAAUGAUUGAAAAUAUGUUAUUUGAUGUUGGUUUAACAUCAAAACGUAAUGCAACAGUUUCAACAUUAUCCGGUGGAAUGAAAAGAAAAUUAUCUGUUGCAAUGGCUUUUGUUGGUGAUGCAAAAACAAUUAUUCUCGAUGAACCUACAGCUGGUGUUGAUCCAUAUGCACGACGUGCUAUAUGGGAAUUAUUAUUGAAAUUAAAACAAGGACGAACUAUUCUACUAAGCAGUCAUCAUAUGGAUGAAGCUGAUGUUCUCGGAGAUAGAAUUGCUAUUAUUUCAAAUGGACAAUUAAAAUGUUGUGGAACAUCACUUUUUCUUAAAACAACAUUUGGUGAAGGUUAUGUUUUAACAUUAAUUAAAAAAGAUCCAUGGAUGGCUUCAAAGGAUGAAGUUACAUCGACUAUAACACAAUGUAUACCAAAUGCAUAUCUUAAAGAAGAAACAAGAAAGGAACUUCAAUAUGUUUUACCAUUAAAAAGUCGUCAUUCAUUUCCGGAAUUUUUUUCCAUACUUGAUUCACGAAAAGAAUCAUUAUCAAUAAUUGGUUAUGGUUUACAAGAUGUUUCAUUAGAAGAAGUUUUUCUUAAAGUUACAGAACAAUAUAAAAAAUCACCUAAUGCAGCUGAAAUCGAAGCUCAAAUUAAUAGUACUAGUGAAGGACAAGAAAAUAGUAUAGAAACAGUAUCAACAUCUGAUUCAACAACAUCAAAAUCAGAUAUUAUUCAAGAUCGUGUAACUGGAACACAUCUUUAUGCAAAACAAGCAGUAUCAAUAAUACUAAAACGUUUUAUAUUUAAUUAUCGUAAUAUGCGUGGUUUAGCAACACAAAUUUUAUUACCAGCAUUUUUUAUAACUGUUGCAAUGACUGUUGCAUUAACAGCACCUGGUUUUGCUGAUCCACCUCCAAUAUUAUUAUCAACAUCAAUGUUUUCACAUUUAAAUUAUUUAUAUACUCCUGUAUCUAGUUUAAAUGAUUAUAAAUUAAGAAAUAUUUCACAAAUUUCAAGAUUAAAUGCGAAUCCAUAUGAUUUAACUGAAACAAUACGAUAUCCAUCAGGUAUUGGUUCAACAUGUUUACUUAAUAAUCCAUAUAUGAAUGCAACAAGAUUAACAUUUGAAAAUUUUACUGGUUCAUCAUGUGGAAAAGUUUAUCAUAUGGAAUUUAAUUCUUUUACAGAAAAUGAUAUUAAUUGGUCAAAAAUGUUUGAAAAUAAUCAAACAUAUUUUAAUCGAAGUUAUCAACCAGAUACAACUUUUACAGAAAAAUAUUAUAGUCCUUGUCAAUGUUCAACAAGUCAAUCAAGAUUUCUAUGUUCAACAUUUCGUAAACCAAUAUCACAAUAUUUAAUAACAAAUGAUAGAAUAUUAAAUAUAACUAAAGAACAAAAUGAAAUUCUUUAUUAUUUAUAUACAGCAGAUAAUCAUCAUUUAGAUCGUUAUGGUGGUUUAUCUUUUGGUUUAGUACAAGAUUAUGUUCCUGAUAAUUAUCCAAUAAAUAAAGAUAAUCAAAUAUUACAUAAAUUAGCUGUAAAAAAUAUUGCAAGAAUAUUUACUAAUCAUAAAGGUUAUCAUAGUUUACCUUUAUAUAUUAAUAUUAUGUCAAACGUUAUUCUUCGAGCUAAUUUACCUUUUGAAAAAGGUCUUCCUUCUGCUUAUGGAAUUACUACAAUUAAUCAUCCAAUGAAUGAAACAAAUAAUAUGUUAUCAACAGAAUUUAUUUUACAAGGUUCUGAUGUUGUUAUAUCAAUAUUUAUAAUCGUAGCAAUGUCAUUUGUUCCAGCAUCAUUUACAUUAUUUCUUGUUUAUGAACGUGCAACAAAAUCAAAACAUAUUCAAUAUAUAAAUGGUCUUUUUCCAUUAGUUUAUUGGUUAACAAAUUUUGUUUGGGAUCUUUUAAAUUAUCUAUUACCUGCUGCUUGUGUAAUUGUUAUUUUACGUUUAUUUAAUGUUCCUGCUUAUGUUGAAGGAGAAAAUUUUCUUGCUGUUAUUAGUCUAUUUCUUAUGUAUGGUUGGUCAAUUAUUCCUGUCAUGUAUCCAUUUAGUUUUCGUUUUACUGAACCAAGCAAUGCAUAUAUUUUUUUAAUUGUUAUUAAUUUAUUUAGUGGUAUAACAUGUAUAUAUACAUCUUUUUUUCUUGAAAUAUUUGCACUUGGUAGUCCAUCUACAUCAACAUUAAGUAUUAUUACAAGGACAAUAAAGAAAAUAUUUAAAAUUUUUCCAAAUUAUUGUUUGGGAAGAGGUUUAAUUGAUAUUGCUUAUAAUGAUUAUUACAAUUCAUUUUAUAAAAAAACUGGUUUAAAUGAUCGUAUUCGUACACCAUUUAUUUGGGAUAUAACAGUAUCAAAUUUAGUUUCAAUGGCAAUAUGUGGUCUUGUAUUUUGGACUUUAACAUUAUUACUUGAAUAUGGAUUUUUUUAUUCACCAACAAUUCCUGAUGCAUUACCAUUUUCACAUUUAGACGAAGAUGAAGAUGUUGCAAAAAUUCGUAGACAAAUAUUAAAUAAAACAUUUGAUGAUAAUGUAUUAAUUAUGUCAAAUUUAUCGAAAUGUUAUCGUACAAAAAGACGUAAAAAAUUAAUUGCUGUUAAUAAUUUAUGUAUGGGAAUACGUUCUGGUGAAUGUUUUGGUUUAUGUGGUGUUAAUGGAGCUGGAAAAACAACAACAUUUCGAAUGUUAAUUGGUGAUCUUUAUCCAACAGCUGGUUAUGCUCAUAUUCAUGGUUUUGAUAGUAUGAAACAAAAACGACAAGUUUUUAAAUAUGUUGGUUAUUGUCCACAAUUUGAUGCACUUUUUGAUGAAUUAACACCUGUUGAACAUAUGUUAUUAAUGGCACGUUUAAGAGGACUUUAUUGGCAAGAUGAAGAUCAACAUGUUCAACAAUUAUUAAAACGUUUAGAUCUUUGUGAAUAUUUAAAUAUACCUGUUGGAAAAUUAUCUUUAGGAAAUCGAAGAAAAUUAUCAACAGCUAUGGCACUUGUUGGUGAUCCAUCUGUUGUAUUUUUAGAUGAACCAACAAGUGGAAUGGAUCCUUCAUCAAGAAGAUUUUUAUGGAAUGUUAUUAGACGUUUAGUUAAAGAAGGAAAAUCAAUUAUACUUACUUCACAUAGUAUGGAAGAAUGUGAAGUACUUUGUUCAUCGAUUGCAAUUAUGGUAAAUGGUUGUUUUCGUUGUCUUGGUUCAACUCAACAUUUAAAAAAUCGUUUUGGUGAUGGUUAUACAAUAAAAAUUCGUUUAAAAUCAUCAUCAAAUUCAACAUUAGAUCAAACAAUUCUUGAUUGUUUUUCAUCAAAUUUUAUCUUAAAAGAACGUCAUAUAAAUAUAUUACAAUAUGAAAUAGCUGAAAUACAUGUUUCAUUGAAAGAUAUUUUUUCUAAACUUGAAAAUUUAUUAACUAACGAACGUAUAACUGAUUAUAGUGUAUCACAAAAUACACUUGAUAAUGUAUUUGUUAAUUUUGUACGUGAUCAAUUAGACGCAUCACAACGAACAAGAAGAACAUCUAGACGAAGACAAGAACAGUUUAACGAUAUUCUUGAUGAUACAUUUGAUGAUGGAGCAUACGUUGCAACAAAAUCAAGAAGAAAUAAUAACAAUAAUGAUAAUGCUCGACAGCGUAUGAUCGAUUAUAUUGAACUUGAAUGUUGA